GCCAUGUGAAAAUAUGUCUUGGUUCUUGAGCUCCCUCUCUCUCUCUCUCUCUUACUGAGAUGCCCAAUAUAUUAGCCACAUUUGAUUAUUUGAUAUUCAUCUUUGUAACUUGACAGCUAUCUCUGCACUCUCCUCUCUGUAAAACCAUUGAUGUUAUAUAGUUUGAUGAUUACUUUAAUGGUGUAAACAAAAGAAGAAGAAAGAAAGAAACAAGACAUGGGUUGUGCUGCUUCUGUAUAUGUUGUUCCAUGGAAGAACAAGAAGAAACAAAGUAUUCCUGAAGUUGUGAUAUUUGUACCUUCAUUGAAAAUACCAUUACAAUCUGAUCUUAAAAGGCCACUUAAAGGGUUGGUCCCAAAAGAUCUUGCUGAAAGGUUACAAUCUCUUAGGAAUCAGAUUGUGUUAGUGGCUGAUGACACAGAUGGAUCUGCUGUAACUGAGCUGAGAAGAGCAUUGGAAGAGUAUUUGUCUUUUCUUAGUGGACUUACUAACAAAGAAUUUGGUCUUGAAGGAUUGAUAGAAUUCAAGUGGAAAACUUUACAAGAUGAAAGACAGGAAUUGAGUGUAGCAAAUUCUUGGUUUGAACUACUAUCUAUGAUUCAUAUGAUGGCUUUGCUGACCUUGGCUGAGGCUGAUUCCUUGAUGAUCCCUAAGGAUUAUGGAUCAGGAAUAAGAGUUGUAUCUUCAGAUUGUAAGAGGGAAGCUGUUGAUUUAUUGCUUAAGGCAUCAGGGUACUUGGAAUUCUGUGUCCGGGAUGUACUGGUUAGGAUACCACAAGAUAUUAAGAACAGAUUGCCCAUGGAUAUGCAAGGUGGGGUUUUGGAGGCCAUUUCUAUUCAAGCUCUAGGCCAGGGGACAGAAAUUCAGCUUGGUUUAGCAGUAGAAUGCCAAAAGGCAACUUUAUCAGUUAAAAGAAGGUUGGCAUGUGAGCAGCUUAGCUAUUAUGGCCAGGCUUUCCAAUCCUUGUCUGGAGCAUAUGACAAUGAUCAUGGGAAUGGAAAGAAGCAUCUUUGGUUUAUCAAAUGGAAAUUUCUUGAAGCAAAGGCAGCAGCAUACUACUACCAUGGUCUGAUCCUUGACAAGGGAACUGAACCAUCUUGCCACAUCAGCGCCGUGUGUUGUUUUCUCGCCGCGGAAGAACUUUUAGUAGAGAGCAAGAAGGCCUGCCUGACCUUCUGCCUUGCAAAUCCAGUGACUAGGGCUCCACCACUUUGGGGUGUUAUGAAACAUUUGCAUCAAAAAAUCCCAGAAGUUGCAUCAAGGAAGUCACAGAUGUAUGGUUACCUCUUAGAACAAGAAAAGGUUCUCCAACAAUUACCAGAUUUACCAGAAUUUCAACUUUCAUUAACACCUGAAGACUAUCAAUUGCCUGAAAUUGAUUCAGCUUGGGACAGUGAGACAUGGGAGACAGAGGAACAUACCCUGAAAGAGCAUCUCAAGGAUCUUGAAGAGGACAAUGAAAUCUAAUGAUAUUAUAGCUAUAAGCUCUGCUAUCUAUACUCUCUCAGUGUCAGUGGACAACAUUCUUCUUAUACAAAAAAGUAACUAAUAAUCAAUAUGUAUCUAUAAGAUGAAAAAUGAAAAAAAAAAAGUCGCAACAAGCUUAAUCAUCACUCUCUUUGUGUUUAGCAGGUGUUAAAUUUGUUCCAGUCUAUAUAUAUAUAUGACAGUAAGAUUUAGUUUGUUAUCAAUGAGAGGGUUAAAAUUGAGAUUAA